UAGCCAAAGUGGUGGAAGGCUGUGCAGCUAUCUGCUUCUUCCAACUGAUUGAUUAGUCAUGAAUCCCGCAGUUUUAAUAGGGAAUCAUUCAAUUGGGAAGGUGGACCGCCCUUGAGUAGAUUAGCAUAUUCUUGUUUACUCGUCUUCUGAGGGGCUUUUUUUCCCCUCUUUUCUUUCAUUUUGUGAAGAAGGAGGGAGGGGGGUUUGGGGGAAGAAGGGGGCUGUGGCUUGUGUUAUAAAGGAAGCAAAAAAAAUAAAUAAAUUAGAGCAUCUUUUUUGGGGGGAGGGAAUUCAGUGUAUCCGUAUCUUGGGGACGCUGCUUUUUUUUUUUUUAAGAGGGAGAAAUAAUAUCAAAUCAAAUCAAAUCAAAUAAAGGCAAAGAAACCCCAUCAGAGAAAUAGAAAAGAAGGCAUCCCAGCUGUGGAAAAAAAAAUAAGACAGAUAAAGGAGGGAAGAAAAAAAUUGUAAACCAGGAGGAGUUGGUAUUUUUAAAAGGGGGGUGGGUGGGUACAGGCACCUUUAGAAAGGAAGAAAGAAAUAAAAGACAAGUUAAAAGAGGACCAAAUACCCAAGAAGGGUGAAGGAAGAAGAGAAGAAAGUCGAGGCGAGGAGGAGUCCAAAGCUGGCAGGUCGGAAGGAUUUGCAGGGGAGAAGGGGGGGGAAUAUUGGAAAUGCAGCUCUGGAGUUUGGUGCUGACUUUGGGGCUUCUCUGUGGAGCUCUGGCCAGCGGAGCCGAGUGUGGGAUGGACGAACGCUCACGCAGGGCUAGAAGGGACACGCGGCCGAGCCGCCACCUCCACUCGGCCGCUCCCGGCACCUGUGCCACCAGGUUAGCCCGCGGCCGGCACUCGCCCGCCGGCUGGGAACCUCUCCGUGCCCCCCGCAGGCGGCAGCAACGGGAGGUGAAAGGCGAAGAAGACUCCCUCAUCCCGAGCCGGGCGCUCUAUUUCAGCGGACAAGGAGAUCAGCUGAGGCUGAAAGCGGAUAUCGAGCUGCCCCGGGAUGCAUUUACGCUGCAAGUGUGGCUUCGAGCCGAAGGAGGACAGAGGUCCCCGGCUGUCAUUGCAGGACUGUAUGACAAAUGUUCUUACACCUCUCGUGACCGAGGAUGGGCCGUGGGGAUUCACACCAUCAGUGACCAGGGAAAUAGAGAUCCCCGUUAUUUCUUCUCCAUGAAGACAGACCGAGCUCGGAAAGUGACGACCAUCAAUGCUCAUCGAAGCUACCUCCCCAGUCAAUGGGUACACCUUGCUGCCACUUAUGAUGGACGACUGAUGAAGCUCUAUGUGAAUGGUGCCCAGGUUGCAAUGGGUAGUGAGCAAGUGGGGGGAAUCUUUAGCCCUUUGACCCUGAAGUGUAAAGUGCUCAUGCUGGGUGGGAAUGCCCUCAAUCAUAAUUAUCGGGGUUACAUUGAGCAUUUCAGUCUUUGGAAGACAGCUCGAUCUCAAAAAGAGAUCUUACUGGACAUGGGGCGAGCAAAUCAUGGACUAGGUGUGCUACCUCACCUUGUUAUUCAGGAGAACUUGGAGAAUGUGAGGAGCAUGUGGUCUUCUAUGAAAGAUGGAAACAGCCCCCAAGUUGAAUUCAGUUACCACCAUGGUCUCCUGCUUGAUACUAGUCUGGAACCCCCCUUAUGUGGGCAGACCCUCUGUGACAAUGUAGAAGUAAUUGCCAGCUACAACCGUCUCCCCAGUUUCCGACGUCCUAAACUGGUGCGUUAUCGGGUGGUGAACAUCUAUGAUGACAACCAUGAGAAUCCAACAGUCAGCCAACAGCAGAUUGAAUUCCAGCACCAGCAACUGACAGAGGCCUUUGAUCGCUAUAAUAUCACAUGGCAGCUGGAAGUACUAGAAGUUAAGAAUUCAUCUCUGCGUCAUCGUCUCAUUCUGGCCAACUGUGAUAUCAGCAAGAUUGGAGAUGAGAACUGUGACCCUGAGUGCAACCACACUCUGACAGGUUAUGAUGGCGGGGACUGUCGGCACCUCCGACACUCAACAUUCAGCAAGAAGAAGCAGAAUGGUGUAUGUGACAUGGAUUGUAACUAUGAGAGAUACAGCUUUGAUGGUGGGGAGUGCUGCAACCCUGAGAUUACUGAUGUCACCAAAACAUGCUUUGACCCAGACUCUCCUUACAGAGCCUACUUGGAUGUCAAUGAAUUGAAGAACAUUCUUAAAUUGGAUGGAUCCACACACCUUAAUAUCUUCUUUGCAAACUCCUCAGAGGAGGAACUGGCUGGAGUGGCAACUUGGCCUUGGGACAAGGAGGCCCUGAUGCAUUUAGGUGGCAUCGUACUGAACCCAUCAUUCUAUGGCAUCCCUGGGCACACCCACACAAUGACUCAUGAGAUUGGGCACAGUUUAGGACUCUAUCAUAUCUUUCGAGGCAUAUCAGAAAUCCAGUCCUGCAGUGACCCAUGUAUGGAGACUGAGCCUUCCUUUGAGACUGGAGACCUCUGCAGUGAUACCAACCCAGCUCCCAAGCACAAGUUGUGUGGGGACCCAGCACCAGGGAAUGACACAUGUGGCUUCCGAACCUUCCUCAACACACCAUACAACAACUUCAUGAGUUAUGCAGAAGAUGACUGCACUGACUCCUUCACGCCCAAUCAAGUGGCGAGAAUGCACUGCUACUUGGAUCUCGUCUACCAGAGCUGGCAGCCUGCCAAGAAGCCUGCUCCCAUAGCCCUGAUGCCCCAGAUUGUAGAUCGGACACCCACCUCGGUCACCCUGGAGUGGUUUCCACCCAUUGAUGGCCACUUCUUUGAAAGAGAAGUGGGAUCAGCAUGUGAUCUCUGUCUGGAAGGGAGAGUCCUGGUUCAGUACGCCUUCAAUGCCUCCUCACCCAUGCCAUGUGAUCCAUCCGGGCACUGGAGUCCCCGAGAAGCAGAAGGUCACCCAGAUGUAGAACAGCCCUGCAAGUCAAGUGUCCGGACAUGGAGCCCCAAUUCUGCUGUUAAUCAUCACACAGUCCCCCCAGCCUGCCCAGAGCCCCAGGGAUGCUACCUAGAACUGGAAUUCCAAUACCCAUUGAUUCCUGAGUCACUCACUGUAUGGGUGACACUUGUCUCCACAGACUGGGACUCUAGUGGUGCUGUGAAUGAUAUCAAACUGCUGACUCUGAGUGGAAAGAACAUUUCGUUGGGACCACAGAAUAUUUUCUGUGAUAUCCCAUUGACUAUCAAGAUCCGGGAUGUAGGUGAAGAGGUGUAUGGCAUCCAAAUAUACACCCUAGAUGAACACCUAGAAAUUGAUGCAGCCAUGCUGACUUCUAUUCCUGAGAGUCCUCUGUGUCGGGACUGUAAGCCCCUCAAAUACAAAGUUCUCCGGGAUCCACCAUUCCAGUCUGAUAUCCCCAUUGUCAUCUCUAACCUCAACAGAAGAUACAUAGACACGGAGCUGAACCAUGGCAGUACAUAUAAGUACCAGAUUGUCACCAUUUCUGGUUCAGAGGAGAGUGAGCCUUCACCUACAGCCAUAUAUAUACAUGGAAGUGGCUACUGUGGAGAUGGAAUCAUACAAAAACACCUGGGAGAAGAGUGUGAUGAUAUGAAUAAGAUGAAUGGAGACGGAUGUUCUCUCUUCUGUAGAAAGGAACUGUACUUCAAUUGCAUUGAUGAGCCCAGUCGAUGUUAUUUCCAUGAUGGAGAUGGAGUUUGUGAGGAGUUUGAGCAAAAGACCAGCAUUAAAGACUGUGGAGUUUACACACCAAAAGGUUUCCUGGAUCAGUGGGCAUCUAAUGUUUCCGUCUCCCAUCAGGACCAGAAGUGCCCAGGUUGGGUUAUUAUUGGUCAGCCAGCUGCAUCACAGAUGUGUCGAACCAAAGUGGUGGACUUGAGUGAAGAGGUGUCUCAACAUGCAUGGUAUCCUUGCACAAUCAACUACCAAUAUUCAUAUAUGGUUCAGACCACUUUCUGGCUCAAGGCUUUCUUUUCCCAGCCAAUGGUAGCCACAGCAGUUAUUGUUCAUCUGGUGACUGAUGGGACAAACUAUUUGGACCAGAAACAGGAGACAAUCAGUGUUCAGCUGCUGGAUACUAAAGAGCAAAAUCAUGAUCUGGGUGUCCAUGUUCUAAGCUGCAGGAGCAAUCCCCUGAUUAUCCCGGUGAUCCAUGACCUCAGCCACCCCUUCUACCACAGCCAAGCUGUCCUUGUGAGUUUCAGCUCACCACUGGUUGCCAUCUCUGGGGUGGCCCUGCGUUCCUUCUACAACUUUGACCCCAUCACCAUCAGCAGCUGUCAGAGAGGGGAGACCUACAGCCCAGCUGAGCAGAGCUGUGUCCACUUCUCCUGUGAAGCCACUGACUGCCAAGAGCUGAAUAUUGAGAAUGCAUCCCUGAACUGCUCCAACAGUGAACGGUACAAUGGAGCCCAGUGUACUAUCAGCUGCAAAAUGGGCUACAUUUUGCAAAUUCAUCGAGAUGAUGACCUCAUCAAGAGUCAGUCAGGAUCUAGUAUCACUGUUACUUGCACUGAGGGCAAGUGGAACAAACAGGUGUCAUGUGAACCUGUGGACUGUGGCAUUCCUGACCAGUAUCACGUCUACCCAGCCACAUUCUCCUGUCUUGAAGGUACCACAUUUGGCAAGAAAUGUUCCUUUCAGUGCCGUCCCCCAGCACAGCUAAAAGGAAACAAUAGCUUCCUGACAUGUAUGGAAGAUGGGUUGUGGUCCUUCCCGGAGGCACUUUGUGAACUGAUGUGCCUGGCCCCACCCAUUGUGCCCAAUGCUGAUCUCCAGACUGCUCGGUGCCGGGAGGACAAACACAAAGUGGGCUCCUUUUGCAAGUUCAAGUGCAAACCAGGCUACCACGUGCCUGGCUCCUCCCGGAAGUCAAAGAAACGGGCUUUCAAGAUCCAGUGUAUCCAAGAUGGCAGCUGGCUAGAGGGAGGCUGUGUACCUGUGACAUGUGACCCACCCCCACCCAUGUUCCAUGGGCUAUACCAGUGUACCAAUGGUUUCCAAUUCAACAGUGAGUGCAGGAUCAAGUGUGAGGAGAGUGGCAUUUCUUUGGGUCGUGGGAGUAAUGUGAUUCACUGUCGAAAGGAUGGCACUUGGAGUGGUUCAUUCCAUGUCUGCAAAGAGAUGCAGGGCCAGUGUUCCCUGCCUGAUCAACUCAACAGCAAUCUCAAGUUGCAGUGUUCUGAUGGCUAUGAAAUAGGAGCGGAGUGUUCCACCUCAUGCCCGGACCACAACAGUGAAUCCAUCAUUCUGCCCAUGAACAUGACCAUACGAGACAUCCCCUACUGGAUGAACCCUACACGAGUAGAGAGAGUCAUCUGCACAGCUGGACUCAAGUGGUAUCCUCACCCAUCUAUGAUUCACUGUGUAAAAGGAUGUGAGCCUUUCAUGGGAGACAACUACUGUGAUGCCAUCAACAACCGAGCCUUCUGCAACUAUGAUGGGGGUGAUUGUUGUGCCUCUACAGUUAAGACUAAAAAAGUCACCCCCUUUCCUAUGUCCUGUGACCUACAAGGAGACUGUGCUUGCCGAGACCCCAAGGCCCAAGAGCACGGUCGAAAGGACCUCCGGGCCUACAGUCAUGGCUAACAAUGGGCGAAGAGGAGCCAGAGACCACCCAGCCCGAAGGCAGGCUACACAAGACACCACAUCCCUUUUGGUAUUGUUUUUAUUGUUAGCUGCUCAACUGAAUGGCCUCUCUGCACCCAGGGACCCUUAGAAUUCAACCAGUCUGCCUUUAAUUUUGCCCAAGAAGGACUCGAAGCUGGGGUUACGUACCAAAUCGCAUCAUAAUGACCAAACAGAACAGAGUUAAGUCCAGAAGACUUGGAAGUAUUGCAGUGGUGUGUGGUGUGCAGUGAUGGGCCCGCAUAAUUGGAACAGCAUGUCUGAGACGGAGGUUACAAAUGAGCUCUUUAUCUAGGAUGUGUAUAUGUGGUCUCUACACAUGCAUAUACAUACAUACAUACACAUAUAUGCACACAUGCAUGUAUCUAUCCAUAUAUAUGUAUAUCCAUGUGUCUGUCUCUUUAGAGAUGAAGGAGGGAGAGAUGAAAAGACAAUACACAUUCAUCUCUGGUGCUCACUGCUAACUCUCCCUGGGAGAGUUACAGCUUUGAAACUCCUGGAGUUAUUAAGACCACAUUAGACCAAUGCUGAGUGCCAAGGUAUAUUGUGCUCCAAGUAUUGGGUUGGGGGACACGGGUUUCAUCCCAAGAUGGUGGUAGUUGGAAGGGGAAAGGCUGGGCUCCUCAGUCUCAGUUGGCAGUGGGUCCAAGAGAACAGGAAUAGGUUCUUACCCACUCUUCCUAUUGCUAGGCAGGGGUCUUCCCUUCAGAGAGAGUAGUGAGCAGUCCUGGGAUGAAGCUCCAGAUGAGAGGUGGUAAGAGUCUUGGGCCUGGCCUGUCAGAACCAUUGAGCUGGCUUGGCUCCUCAGAGACUGUGAGGUGCUUAUACCCCAAGAGAACAAAGAGGAAGAACCAGUGGAUCUCGCCCACCCAUACAACUUGCCAUUUAAGCACAUCUUGCUGCUAUACCUUGCUGCUACAUCCCAUCUGGUUCAUUUCUUUACUGUGUCAGGACAGGGUUACAACAACCCCCAAAUUACCAAAUGGUCUGCCUUAAAGCUUACCCACAGCCUGCCUUCCACUUCUCCCCACUGCCACCCUCUUAACCCUCCAGCAAAGGAAAGGACACUCACUGGCUUGUGUGGCGAGAGCUCACAUCCCACCCCACUCCGGAAUAGACCUUUUGGGUCUGAGGGAGCCUGGAGGUUGUCAAACAAACAGUCUUUUAAAAACUAUUUUAAGGGUCCUCAAACCAGAGCAAAGAAUGCUGAAGACAGUGUUAGUCUUUCAGAACUAAGUGUAUCAGUGUUAUAUUUCCAGGAGCCAGAAAGAGAUUCAAAUGCCUGGCUAGAUAUUGGUCUCUAGGAUUCAUUUCUACUCUGAAUAAAUAUUACUAGUAGACCAACUUUUAGGGAACAAACACAGUCCUGGAGGAGGCACAACUCCUCUAUACUCCAGAGAGGUCUCACCUCAGUAGGACUGAAAGGCUCAGAAAUUAGAUGUAUCAGGAAGAGCUCAGCUCCAGUCCCCAACAUCCAGUUCUCUUCCUGCUUGUCCCAGGCUGUCAUGUCCUGAAGCCAGUGGGUGGAGACCAUGGCCCUUUGUCUCUCUUCUCCUAGGCUUAGGGGGUACAGUUAGUUGGGAUAAGUACAUCACUUGUUUUCCCACCUACAUCACCUCAGCGAAAAUGGUUAUCAGCAACUAGGACCAAAUAACAUCUCUUCAAUAUGGUAGGUUAGUGUUGAAGGAAUAAGGUGAAUCGAGACCAGUUUAUAUCAGGUUUGAAGUCAAAUCUCAAGCAAGGUCUUAGCCUAGAGCUCAGAAAAACAAGAUGUAGGAGAGCCAAUCUUUGAACAGGUUCCACCAAGGUUUCUUAACUGAAAGAGUCAGGGGACAGAUUCAGGCCCUGGUCACUUCCCUCAGCAACCCAGUACCCCCCACAAAUAAAGGGCAUCUUAAGCAUGGUCUACAUUACAGGCACGAACAAGCAUUGAAAUGACACAAAACAUUCACACAAGGUUCUUUUAUCAAAGUUUAAGCCUCUCAGUAUCAAUCCUCUGAGACCCAGGGCUAGGAGGAGGCUCAUUCCACCUACUGGCCCUUUCAGCAGCCUUCUCCAACUUGGGUCCUCUUCAUCUUGCUUUCAACAAGCUAACAAUUCCUAACUAGAUUUAGCUGAUAGGGCAAGUAACACCUUUUAUCAGGGGGAUCACAAUCCUUGAAAACCCAGAGAGAAGUAACUUCCUAAUUGUAUUUGAGAAAGUGGGACAGGCAAAGGGCAGGGAAAUGAGGCAAGUAUUUUGGAGCAGACCCUGUUGAUCAUGCCAAUUUUUUCUGUAUUCUUUUCAUCAGAUGAAUGAUUCUUCCAAAAAGUCCAGGGGAUUUUUCAACAAAAUAGUUUAACACCCAGCCAUACUUGCCCUAUUCUCCUUCAAAGAAGUAGUCACUUUGUUAAGGAAAUUAGCUUAGGAAAAGACUUUUUUUUUCUUUUUUUUGCCAAAAAUGGGGAGGGAAAAGAGGGAGAGUUUGUUGUUAUAUAUCCUGCCCAUCCUCAGUUUCUCUCCAAGGCCUAUUGCACAGUAGAAGUGGGGAGGUGUUUGCAUUGAUGGUGGGGUAGAAGGGCAGCAUCUAAACAGAUUUCUCCCCGCCUGUGAGAAGGGAAUAUGCCCUGUUGUCUCUACCACUAAUUUCAAGUGGCUGAGAAGUUCCUUGACCUUUUCUGGGGACUUAGAUCCAACUCUUGUGUAACUCUUAUUAUCCUAUAUAUAUUCAGAGAUCACAAAAAGAUUAUCUAAAGAGACCUCCAAACCUUUGCUAAUUAUAGAUAGCUGUGAGGUCCUGAAAAUGUUGGACUCAGUGUCUGAUUGAUGAAGUAUUUGCUCUCUUGUUACAGGUAUGGCUGGCAUUCUAAUGCAUUAUGCUUUUCCUAUCCUAGAAAGAUUUAAGAAACACCCAAGGCCACCAACCCAAUUUUCUGAAACACUUUUGUGCCAACUGUCUUGGGAAAGGGGGUAUGGGGAAAGGAGUGAAUUCUUCCUAAUUUGAGGAACUCAUUUUGGUGAAGGGUGAAAAGACCAGCAUUCCUAGAUGGUAGGGCUUGGUAUAAAGUGGAUCUACUUACUCUCUGUGAUUCUCAUCCUUAGGGCUUUGAGGAGGGUGUCUGGAUAUUCUUGCCAUCUUGCUAGCCAUAUUCCCUUAACACAAGGUUGAGAGUGGAAGGCUAUGGAAGAUGAUACUUUAAGAUAGAUUUCAGCUACCUCCCUUCCAGUUCCAGGAAAAAAAAAAUAAUCAAACAAACAAACAAAAAAAAACUUGGUUGUAACUGUCGGUUUGUAAUAGGUUUUACCUGUGUUUUAAAAAAAAAUAAUGAUGAUGAUGAUAAUAAAGUAAGCCAGUUUCUUGCUACAAUUAAUUCAAGUCAAAAUAUAUAUGUAGUAAGAAAUCUGUACAAAUAGUGAAGUGAAUAGAAGAGAGGGACUAAAGAAGAGGAGUAAAAAAAUAAAAAGAAAAAAAAUUGCAUGAUCCAGAACCAAAAAGAGCAAAACAUAUUUUUAGGUGUCAUAAAAAAACACAUAUUCUACAACUUGAGUAGUGAGUUAGACACAAUCUCAUAGAUUUCCCUAGAAGAGAAAACACAGUGGAGUUUUUAAUAACCCUGUUUUUCCUCAUUCAUUCUGGUAGGCCCAGGAUAUAAGGCAAAUUUUUAUCACUUUGGUAGUAUGGCUAUUUGUUUUGUUUUGGAGAGCGUGCUGUUUUCAAUUUUACAAGAUCUUAAGAUGAAAAAAAUAUGUAUUUGUGCUUUUUACAUUAUUCAAAGUCUGUAUUUCACUAGUAUUUGACUGUGCUCUCAAUAAUGCACUCAGAAUGACUGUGCAUGAUCCAGUUUUCCCAAAAAGCUGCUAAACAAGACAGGUAAUACCACAAGUUUGGGUUUGGACAAUCAAACCAAACCAAAUCCUUUAUUUGUGUUUUAUUCAAAUGUUCCCCAAUUUCUAAACUGAACAUUUGGCCUGGAAGACAGAAAAGAGAAGCCAAAAGGAAAUCUGGCUCAGAAAUGAGAGCACAGGAGUUCUGGCCAAUUUUUUGUUUUUGUUUUUGCUAUGAUCAAGUCACUUAAAACCUCUCCAUACCUCAGUUUCUCCAGCUAUAAAAUGAGGAUAAUAAUUCUUACCUAUCUCAUUGGGAGGGACAUUUUGGAUUGAGGUUUUAAAACCAUUUUGAGAUGCUUGGGGACAAAGGCAUGGUACAUUCCAAGUAUUACUCUUUAAGACCAAUGAGAGGUGAGAAUGAAUUCUUGCUAGUUUCCAAGUUAAAAAAUGCUAUGUUCCUACUUAGAGUCACCUGGGGAAAGAGGCUUGUGUUUUAGAAGAUUUCGAGUUUAUCAUCAUCAUUAUUAUUAUUAUUGUACUUUUUUUUUCCUCCUGAAUUUUGGCUUGUUCUCCAGCUCUGAGGUCUAAUUAAAAUCCAAUUACUUCCUCCCCAUAGAAAGAAUAAAAGCCAUCAGAAGUCAGCUUGUCAUAUUCUGAGGAAAAGUGUGAAGUUGUUUUUAGCCCAUUGGGGAAGAAAGCAGAAAAGACAACUUCAGGCAACACCUCAGUUUUACUGAGUUGUUUGGUUUUAAGACGCCACCCCCCUUUUUUUGGUGGGUGGCGUCAUUUAAACUAUUUUCUCUAAAAAGUGAGAGGUCAUGCUCCUUACAAACCACAACCUACCUUCCAAGGACAAAGCAAAGGAGCUUAACUGAACUCCACACCAGCAGUCAACAAAGGGAAAUUGGAAUAAUUAGGAAUUACAUUGUUGGGCCUCUGUAAUCAGUUACCUGUCUGCAGAUAUCUAUCUCUAUAUUGAUAUAUAUAUGCACAUGUAUAUAAAUAUAUCUGUACAUAUAUGUGUAUAUAUAUAUUUAAAUGUAAUAUUUACAAAUAAAACUGUGAUCUCGUCUAGAGAAAAUGUAUUCAUAUUACAAAAGGCUCUUCCAUCUUUAUGUAUCAUACUGUACCUUUUUAUUAUUGUUAUAAUUAUUCUGAUUAUUAUAAUUAUUAUUAUUUUGGAAUCUGUUUGGCACCUUCUGGAAACUAUGGCAAAUAACACUUCACAUCCCAAGUGCUGAAGAUCUGUUUUCAUGAACAUUCUACUGUAAAAUUAAAAAAAAAAAAGGAAAGGAAAAAAAAGGAAAAAAGUAAACACCCAAAGCAAAACACAAUUCAAUCUUUAUUCUGUACCUCACGCACGUACGUUUGCUGCUCCUGUUUUGGGGUUUGUUUAUUUGUUUGUCUGUUUUAUGGAUCUAAUUUAAGUCUCCAAGCCAUAUAUAAAGAUGUAAAUAGUAUAGCUUAUUUAUUAAGAUUGUCAUCUUUUUUUUUUUAAUUUAUAUUUACACAAAUGUUCAUCUAAUUUAUUUUUUUCAAUACUGUUUUUAACCAUCACUGUCCUGUUUUGCUGUUUGAGAGAUUGUUAACCUUCUGUAACCAUGGCAUUGUUUCAUACUGUUUUUUCCCUGGUCUCAAAUACAGGUUUGCAUUUCACUAAAAUUGUCAAAGACAGAAAUAUUUUGCCACUGUUGAUUCCUAUACCUUAAAAUUCUAUAUUAUAAAAAUAUAUAACAACUUGUAUGCUUAAA